CUUGCGCAAGGACAAAAUCGUCACACCUGUAGCCGUUGUCCUUUUGUUUUUAACGGCAGGGUCCUACGAGCAUCUGCCUCAAGAAGCCUUCCUCCGCCCGCCAAACUCUUCAAUUAUCAGUAACCUCUCCUCACGCUCGUACCUUAACUCUCUCACACUACAUCUCUACAAUGGACGCACCAAUGAUUGAACUCAAGUCGGCCCUGGCCUCACUGUUUGCAUGCGGACAAUACUCAGAUCUGACCAUCGUUUGUGGUGCCAAAAGAUACCCAGUACACCGUAUACUCCUCGCAACAAGAUCCACCUUCUUCGAGGGAGCUUGCCGCAAUGGCUUCAGGGAAGCAGAAACUGGAGUGGUUGACCUCAGCGAAGAUGACGCAGAAGCUGUUGACCACAUGGUGCACUACUUCUACCACAUGGACUACCUCACCAAGAAGUCACUCUCGCGUCGAUCCUCACAACGAUCGAACCGACCUACUUCUCUACGCUCAUCGAUCACCAAGAGGAGAAGCCCCCCAAAGAAGCUGAACCUUGUUCAAGUUGAAGACCCGCUCCUUGCACUCAUGGCAGCAACCAACAACUCAAUGCCGCUCACUCCUCCUGCCGACGAGCCCAUGUUUCAAAGCAUGGAUGCAUCCUCCAAGCUGCCCGACACGCCGAUGGCCGAUCAGUUCUUCGAGGAUGACGAUCUAGAAAGCGAGCAAUCAGAGACCGAGUUCGACAUUGAGACGACACAUCUCAUCACACAUGCCAAGGUCUACGCCAUUGCUGAGAAGUAUGGCAUUGCAGGCUUGAAAGCGCUUGCGCGUAGCAAAUUCGCAGAGGAGGUCGAGCUGCACCUCAGCAGCGCCGACUUUCCAGAGGCCUGCCAAGAGGUGUACGAGUCUACCUUCCACACUGACCGUGGUCUGCGAGACGUCAUCAUCCAGACCUUCCGCGCCAAUCCCAGCCUGUCGCUGCGACCCGAUGUUGAGAUGGCCGUGCGAGAAACACCAGGUCUUGCUUUCGAACUCUUCCGCAUGGCGAGCGGACUUCCUGUCUCUUCCUGAAGAAAACUCCGUCACAGUCGUUCCCGCAUCGAGCUAAUCAUCGCUGCCCCGCAGUCUACACCAGUAUCUGCCCCGCCGCUGCAAGCAUACGACUCAACUCUUUGUUGAGUCUCCGUCAUCUAC